CAGACAUAAGCUUGUGUCGCAGCGUGUCCAUGCUGAGGCGCUGACGGCAUCUGUUGGAGGACAAGUGCACUCUGAUAACCGCAACGUCCUCGUUCCCCUGCCGCCCGGGAGCCGUCACACGGAGCAACUAAACGCGUAAAUGGAGUUUCAAUCGUUGUCGUGACUGCCCUCCACCGCCUCUCACCCCGCAGAAGACAGCGUUGAAGUGUGCAGCAUCAUCAUCCACAUACCACCGCGGCUCUGUCCUCUGCAGACAUGGGUACCGUCCUCUCUAUAUCCCCGGCGACGAAGAAGGCAUCUAUUAUGGACGCCGAGCUCGCCAAAAACGACAAGAGCCUCAAGCGGCACUCGAUGUUCGUAUCUCUCUCCUGGAAGAAGCUGGUGUCCAAUUCGGCUAAGAAGAGUGCUAAGAAAGUGACCCCGAAACCGCUGCCUGCGCGCGAGCUCACGUCAGGCCAGGUGGCUCAGCUCAACAGCGACAACAUCCGGAAGACGCACCAAACCGAAGAGAAGAAACCCAAAGCGCCGAUCCCGGUCCCGGUGCCCACGGUCCCCACGAAAAACGGCGAUGGCCUCGUCCAAAACGGAAGGAUCUCCACGGUCCAGAAGCGGAUCGUUAUCCAGGCGUCCACCGGGGAGCUGCUCCGCUCUUUGGGGGACUUCAUGUGCCGCAGGUGUUUUAAACUGAAAGACCUUAACAGCGGAGAGGUGAUCCUCUGGUUCCGCAACAUCGACCGGACUCUUUUGCUCCAGGGCUGGCAGGACCAAGGCUUCAUUACGCCGGCCAACGUGGUGUUCGUGUACCUGCUGUGCGAAGACACGAUAGCGGACAGCAUCGACAGCGCGGCCGAGCUGCAGGGAACCUUCCACACGUGCCUCUACCUCGCCUACUCCUACAUGGGCAACGAGAUCUCCUACCCGCUCAAGCCGUUCAUGUCCGAGUCGAACAAGGACGUUUUCUGGGAGAUGGCGCUCCGGAUCAUCAACAGGCUCAGUGCCAAAAUGCUUCAGCUCAAUGCAGACCCGCACUUUUUCACCCAGGUCUUCCAGGACCUUAAAAACCAACGAGAUACGAGCGAGGCGAACCUGGACCGCUGAACAAAACCAAACAAGAUCGGUUGGGUUUUUUUUUUUUUAAAGAUGAAUGUUUUGCAAAAUCACACAACGCUGGUUUUGAAUGUAAAAGGCCAACGUUGAAGGCUUCUCGCGCCUGGGCUGAAUAUCUCUCUCUAAUGAUGUUACACAACCUCAGUGUGGUGUUUAGGAUACAGUGUAGGCAUGCCAAUGGUAAUAGUGUCCUCUUUUGUCUUGUCCCGUUUGCGUGACGCAGGGAUUGACUUUGUGGUACUGAUCACAUCCCACGUGACAUCCCACUCCCCGUUUCAUUCAUGAUUAGCCUACUUCCUGUGCGGGUGGAUGUCGCAGUGUGGUGAGCUUCAAAGCAGUGGCAGAAUAGAUGCGUGAUUUUGCGCGCGUGUGCGUGUGUGUGUGUGCGUGUGUGUGUGUGUGAGAAGUCGAGAGGCGGAGCUGUCCGAGGUGCUGACCUGUGCAGCCAUUUAUCCUCCGCUCCCUGCUAUUUGAGUCACCUCGCCACAACGUUGCCAUAGUGAACCCAAUACACUUUCAUCGCAUAAGCCUAAGCCUUGUAAGUACAGGUAUAUGCAGCAUAUUGUGCUUUUUUAGAUUCUCUACCAGCUGAUAGGUACGCUGUUCAACAUGCAGCAGAUGACCAUGUUACACAUUAAGGGGACAAACCGCAUUAGUAGAUAUUCCUCUCAUGUUAACCGAGGUGAACAGCGUUUAGUCCAUUUACUGCUGAAAAGCCUCAUGAUGUGUAUCUGCAUACCUGGUUAGAAUGUAACUGUUUCAACUUCUGUGAUCAAAACCACCAAUGUAUUCAUAUAAACCAACUCAUAUUUAAAAUAAGUGGUUUUCAACAACAAACAACAUAUAAGUCAUUUUCAACGGGCCGUUGGUUCAAGUUGAUCAUGAGGGUUGGUGGCAGAAAUGUAUUUCCCACCUGGGAUGUGAUAAACCGCACAAAAUGGGCUCCUAGAUACAGCAAGGUUAUCAACCCAAGGCCCCCGUUGUGUAUUGUUUUCCAAUACAUUGCAGAGGCCAACAUAUCUAUAGAGAAUUAAUUGAAUGUACAGUUUUUCAAGAGAUUGUUUUAAAAUCUCAUAUGUGCCAACUAUCAAAUACUCUUGGCCUGAAACUUUGUGGUUUACAUGUAGAUAUCCCACAUUUUAGAUGUGCGCUGUAUUUUAUUUGUAUCUGCCCAUUUGUGAAGGGGGCUACAUAUGAUCUAGUUCAAGAGCGUAAUGGUCAAAUGGUAUUUAUGCCCUGCUUUGUAAAUGUGUUGUGAUCCUCAGUUUGCUGGGUUCGGAUUCAGUGCGGUCAAUUCGGGGAGGAUGUUUCCUCGUGAUGUAAAUAUUGAAUGUGAAGGCCUCGUUAUAAAGUGACUAUCAUUUGCACACAUCAUUCCAGUUUCUAUAAGCUACAUCUGAUUUGACUCCAACUCUGAAACCAAGCUUAUAGGGCAACCUUGACAGUAAUUGUUAAAAAUAUUAUGCUUCUAAGUGAUCAUUGUGAUGUUGUGUUGUGAGCUCAUUGCUUGCAAAGUGGAAUAUAAUGCUGCUAUUUUGCACAGCUGUGGACAAACAUGUGACGUUUGGCACAGUGGUAACAUAUUGGUCGUGUACCAGUGUUUGCUGUUAGGCACGGAAGUGUUUUUUAUUUAUUUUGCAGUUAAAGUCACCAAGUGUUAUGCUACAAAGAUCUUGUGUACGUUUCUUUUUUUUCCCCUGUGUCAGCGAUGGAAAGUGAUAUUUAAAUGUGCUUGUUGUCUGUGGUUACACCACAGUUGCAUUCACUCUCUCUACAUGUUAAUAAAAGGUCAAUACAAUAAUUGUUUAAGGUGACAAUGAUGAAAUAAAUCCAAACUUCUGUAGGA